AUGUUAGCAGAGGAAACUGAUGAACGGUCUGAGAUUAAUGAGAACAAACAGAAAAACAUCAGUCCUGACAUCUGGACUGAGCUGAAGGAGCUGAGAGACAUGGUGAUAAAACAAGAGGUGGAUCUGAGUUACAGCAAGACCAAGAUAGAGAACCUGGAACGAGAGACAACAGUAUUGGAGGCCAGAUUAACUUCCAGUGAAACAGAGGUGGAAGAACUGAAGAGAGAGAAUGCAGAAUGUCCAAAGGUGGCGUUCUCAUUUGCUCUGACUGAUGCAGGAGACAUCGGUCCAUUUAAUACCGACAUCACUCUGAAGUUCACUAAAGUCUUCACCAACUUUGGCCAGGCCUACAACCCAAACACAGGUAUUUUCACUGCUCCAGUCCGAGGAGUUUGCUACUUCAGAUUCUCUGCAAUGAAUAACGGCCUCAGUAUGUGGGACGGUGCUACUCUUUAUCUCAAUGGCCAAAGAGUAUCUUGGGACUCUGAAGGCAGCAGAACUCAGUACGUCAGGGUUACAAAUGUGUUGGUUCUUCUGCUGGAAAAGGGGGAUGCGGUCUACUUGGUCUUACCCAUAAAACAUGCUGUAUGGGGUGAUACUAAUAAUCACACUACUUUCAGUGGAUUUCUGCUUUUUCCUGUGUGAUUGGAAAGCUGUUCACACCCACAAUGAAUUCAGUGAAGCCAUUUUUCUUCACACUGCUGUAUUGUAAACAACUACCAUCAUGCAUUUCCAUGUUCAAAUAAAGUUUGAU